CCCCAGAAAAGCGGGCGCUUGAGGCAUUUGUCCCUGAAAUCCCUCGACCCUGAGUGCCCACUAGUCAUACCUAUAGAAAAAUAUGUAGAGAACGCGGUCCCAGGGACGUCCUCGUGGUGACUCUUUCUGUGAGAUGCGCAAGAGUUUCUCGCUGCUUAAUUAUUACUCUCCUUUCAUCUAUAGAUUACAGUCAUUCCUUAUCCAUUGUCCCUCGUUUGGGUUUUUUCUAAGCAUUAAGAUCUUGGUUUCAAUUAUUUAUCCCAGUCGUUCAUUAAUCAAACUAUCCAUCGUUGGCCGUUGAAGCGCAAUUGGACUUCUACUUUCAACUCUGACUUAGUGUCUGGCAAUCUCGCCAAUUGUUGCUAUAACGUCCUGUCCGCGCAUUCAACAUGAAGCUGUCCAGCAUUGUCGCGGGCGCGACCCUCUUCGUCAGCAGUGCCAUCGCUGCUGACCUAGACCCUAUCGUCAUCAAGGGCUCCAAGUUCUUUUACAAGAGCAACGACACCCAGUUUUACAUUCGCGGUGUUGCGUACCAGCAGGAGUACUCUGGUCCCGAUUCUUCCGCCAACAGUUUCAAGGAUCCCCUCGCCGACGCCGAUGCUUGCAAGCGUGAUGUUCCUUAUCUUGAAAAGCUGGGCACCAACACCAUUCGCGUGUAUGCUAUCGAUCCUAAGUCCGAUCAUAAGGAGUGUAUGAGCCUUCUCAGUGACGCUGGUAUCUACGUCAUUGCGGAUCUCUCGUCCCCGGGGGAUUCUAUCAAUCGCAACGAACCCAAGUGGGAUAACGACCUGUACAAUAGAUAUGUGACUGUGGUUGAUGAGCUGUCACAAUACUCGAACGUCAUUGGCUUCUUCGCUGGAAAUGAGGUCUCCAACAGUGAGAAUACCACAUCUGCCAGUGCCUUUGUUAAGGCUGCUGUCCGUGACACGAAGCAGUAUAUCAAGGCCAAGAAUUAUCGUUCUAUGGGCGUUGGCUAUGCUACUAGCGAUGACUCGAGCAUCCGGAAAAACAUGGCCAACUACUUUAACUGUAACAGCGCGGAUGACAGUAUUGACUUCUGGGGUUACAACGUGUACUCUUGGUGUGGAGAUUCCAACUAUGAGAAGUCCGGGUACGCUUCUCGUACUGACGAGUUCAAGGACUACACUGUCCCUGUCUUCUUCGCGGAGUACGGUUGCAAUGCUGUUCAACCUCGCAAGUUCACUGAAGUCCAGGCUCUCUACGGAGACAAGAUGGCCGAUGUCUGGUCGGGGGGUAUUGUGUACAUGUACUUCCAGGAAGAGAACAAUUAUGGGCUGGUGUCUGUUGAUGGCAACAAGGUCAGCACCAAGGCGGAUUUCAGCUACCUUUCGAAGGAGUUGGCUAGCGCUACCCCCUCCGGCACCAAGAAAGGCGAUUAUAACCCGACAAACACUGCUCUUCAGUCUUGCCCGACCGUCGAUGGCAAGUGGCUCGCAACUUCCAGCCCGUUACCCCCCUCUCCAAACCAAGACCUCUGUUCCUGCAUGGAGGAAAGCCUAUCCUGUGCUCUGAAGGAUAAGGUAUCCGGCGAGCAGCUGGAUAAGCUCUUCGGUACUGUUUGCGGCUAUGACGUCUGCGAUGGCAUCAACACCAAUGCCACUACUGGCAAAUAUGGCGCAUACAGUGUGUGCACUCCUGAGCAACAGCUGUCGUACGCCAUCAACCUCUACUAUCAGAACCAGAAAGCAAAGGGUAAUGGUGACAAGGCUUGUGACUUCAACGGGGCUGCCACCACCCAGAGCUCGAAGAGCGGCGGCAGUGCUUGCUCUGCACUCCUUAAGGAGGCCGGAACUUCCGGCACCGGCACCGUUACUUCUUCCCCUACCGGUACUGCUGGCUCUGGUGCUUCCGGUGGUGCUGCUGCUGCAUCUAGCUCUGGCGCUGCCGGUGGUGUGGUCGCUCCUUCUAGCGUCAAUGUUGGUAUCUUCCAGCUCGGCGCCUAUGUGGUGACGGCCAUGGUCGCCGGCGCGGGCAUGAUCGUCCUGUAAGGGCCGUUCACCUCUUCUCAUCUCUUAGCGGCGCUUAGUCCCAUCCCCUGCCAAACACUGUACAGGCGGUAGGUCUCCUACAUGUCUGUAUGAUUGUGUGAUACUCUUCUUGUACAUCCUGACGGUGAAUCUACCUCUUCAAUACGAGUUGUUUGCUCUAUAUAUAUUGCCAUUGCGGGUACUCGGUAUUUGGCUUUAUUUUUUAUAUAUUUAUUUAAUAGGUCAAUUGGUUUUAUUGGGGUCAGAUAACACUGUCAAUCCAUUCUCAUUUAACCGAAUUGAAAUCAAGGACAGUAAAUGGUAAACUUUUUGGAUAGCAAUACAGAUCAGUUCCGUU